CUUAAUUCGUUUAAAGAUGCUAGGCCAGCAGGAAUAUGGCUUCCGUAGUAACAACCCCUAUGCAGUGUAACACCUGCCUCGGUAUAGUCAUGAAGGAACAUCUGUUAGUCACUACGCAAGUUCCCGUAUUAAAUUUAGUCUCUCGAUACUGUCAGACCGAUCUGACGUAUCUUAGUGUAAGCUUGAAAAGGAAAUAAUAAAAAAAAAUUCCCUAUAAAGUUAUUUGAAUUUAUGGGGUUAAUGACAUAUAAAUGAAAGUGAGAGGCGAAUGUAUUUUGAAAGUGUAAAAUUGGUAACGUGAAAUAAUUUAUACUCGUAUCGAAUCAGUCGGUUUCCCAUUUACAAAAAUUUAUGUGUCAUUUAAUACGUUAUUAAUGAUUCGUAUAAAUCAAUGUCGUUCUGAUAUAUAUGUUGUAUUAUAAUUCAAUUGAUUUAAUGGUAAAAGUAUACAACACCGUUAUCCACCAUUUGUUCGACUUAUGUGGCGGAAAAAUCCCUCGUUUUGAACAGUAAAAAGUUUGAAGUUCUUAAGAAAUAAAGAAGCUGAAUACAAUGGUGAUUGUCAUCCAUUGAAUGAUUUUAAAUUUAAACUUUUGAAAAAUGUCACUUGUAUUUCCCACGUAUGUGAUCUGGUGCUUAUGUUAUAUUUGGGCAAAGUUUUGAGUGAAGCGGCGCUGGCGUAAGACGCCAAGAGGGUUGGAAAUUACUCCAAAGCGGAUAUCGACUAAACAGAAGAAAGGGAGAAACAAACUACGUUUACUGCGAGACAGUUUCACUCGAUUCAUUUUCUUUAACCAUUAUUUCUUAUGGUUCGCGAUUCCUAACUUUGACUCUCGUCUGUUAUCAUUUGUCAAAGUGUAAAAAUGUUCCGGAAGAUCAUUCUUAUCCUGUACCUACUACGACAAGUUGUGACUAUCGAGGAAGUCAUGUGUUCCGGAAAUCGUACGCUACUGGAAACGCCGGGCGAUGCUGUAAUAUCGGUAUUCGUCGAUGUGAAUUAUGGGCCUUACUGCAAUAUUUCUUCGCCUAAGGCAUACCAGGAAGUUGCUACGGCACUGUACGUUGUGCAAACGUUAAACAAGUACGACUACGUUCCUGGAAUCUUGCUUGGAGUAAAAAUCUUCGACACCUGCCACGACAAGAUGGUGGUUUAUAAGCAGGCGCUUUUGACAGCCGUUGACCUAGAAUGUGUCUCCCACUACGAGAUGGGAAUUCUCGUGGCAGAAAAAUAUCACGGAGUCAUCGAACCACUGCAAAAAUACAGUGUCCUACCUGUCAGUAAUUACAAAGAUGAAAAUUUGACAAAACCAUUGUUAAAUGUCAUGGUGAAUUUCCUGAGCACGAAAUUCGAAGUAGUCGAUUUAUUCGUAACGUCAUCGCAAUACAUUCUGGGACAUUUUCUCGAAGCAAGUAAAGAUGCUGGAAUCUGCGUGAAGAGUUAUCGAGAAAUUAUAGAAGCAGAUAACGAAACAGAAAUCACUAUUGUUCUGAUAGGAACAAAAGAGGAGAUUAAUUCCUGGAUAAAUAAUUUCGAAAUCGAAAUACCUGAGGCAACAUGGAUCAUUUUAUCCCUCGACGAUUCGAAUAUAGAUGACAUUGCGCCAGUAGGAUCCUACGUGAUAAAAUCUGAAUCAUUAACGUUCGAUCCGCUACAAGAUCCGUUCGAUGAUAAUUUCCUCCCAAGAGUGGGUCCUUCGAUAAUUCAUUCUCCAUAUAUACUAAGCAUAGGAAAGUCCAUAAUAGAAUUGGCCCAGGUUCUACAAGAUAUUCAAAAGCGAACCUGUCCAGAUGGUGGAGCCUGUACACUACCCCAUUUCAAUAGUUCGCUACGUAAAGAAAUAAGUAAUGCAGAAGUCUACGAAGCUCUCCACAUUCUACCAAAAUCACAUUCCAUAAGAUACGUGAUAGUUCGGUACGAUGCCAGCGGAAAAUCGAUGGAGGUCAGGAGUUAUAAGAUCGACGCAAGCAAGUACAGAAUAAAAGCAGAAACGGGUGAGACGAAGAUGUCAAAACUCUGUGUAGGAAAAUACCUGAAGAAUUGUCGUAAAUGCGCAAACUUUCAAAGACGCGCGGACGCCAGAAGUCUCGUGAAAAAUAUUCGAAAUCAUGGUUUCCUCAAAGCAGCCGGAUGGAUACCGAUCUGCAUGACGAUAGUUGUUUGCGGCACGUUUUCCUGCGUGGUCAUAAUAAUCUUCAUAAUAUACCGAUUCUUCGUGGACGAGGUGCUCGAUGGGAAUCCUGCCCUGACCAUCGUCCUCAUCCUAGCCACCAUCUUCAUGCUUCAAGCAGUUUUCCCAUUUUGUAUGGAAGACGAAGUGAUGGGAUCGGAACAGCUGAAUGCCAGGAAAAUUUAUGUCUCUACGUUGUCGAUCGGUCUGGCAUUCUCGACGAUGUUGUCCAGGGCUUUGUUUCUUGCAUUUUCGACAGGAGGACUCUUGACGAAACACAUUAACGGAUAUCUUCAGGGCCUUAUGGUCUUUUUCAUGUUCGGUGUUGAGGUCGCGAUAUCGACCAUGUUUUUUAUCUUGAAUAAAGAAGAUUCAGCUGUUAUCGCGAGAAGCUUGAUUUUCGUGGCUUUGCUGGGAUACGAUAUAUUUCUCCUGGUGACACUCUUCGUCGUGUGCUGCUUCAUUACCCAGAUACGACGUAACUACCGGGAGGGAAAGUGCUUCUUUGGCACAGUCAUUGGUCUUCUGAUUAUUUGGGCUGUUUGGGUGACUUGCUUCGUUCUGAUGGAACCUGAAACUAGAGACACAGUAGUCACUUUUGGUGUCAUCGCCACAGCUUAUCUCAUCAUCAUUGGAAUACUCAUACCAAGAACUUAUUACAUGGUGAUUCAUCUUAGUAGAGACAAACAUUUUGCCCAGAGAUUCGAACCGGCUGAUUUGGGUCCUGAUCCCAGGAUGAACACCGUAGCAAGACAGACCCGGCUACCGUUCUACGACUACGUACAUCCAACGGAAGGUAUGAUGAACGUGGGUAACCUCAAUCCUAUGAGAUAUCCGAAUUAUUAUGGAAACUCCAGUCCAAAUCCUCGAUAUCUGACUCGAUGCAGAAGUCCCGAUACUCGACGAACACCAGGACACAAUAACUAUGGUUUCAGUUCGGAGAUGCGAGAGGUUGAGAAUUCUUACGUGGUACCGCGUGUCUGCAUCGAAAAUCCCGAGGGACGACGAAGUCCUAUCGGAAGGAACAGUCUCGACGUGGGAUAUGUACAAGCUAGAUAUCCUAGAAGAUCGAAAAUAGUCAUGGGGGAAAAGGAUUGUAUAGAGACUGACGUUUACGUCGAAGGACAUUUGUCUCCAGGUCGUAGAGGACCUAAUGAGAAUUAUCCAUCGAGAUGUUCCAGUCCUAAAUUAGGGCAAAGUGAAGCUACCAUUAGAGAGGAGGCUGAGGAUGAUGAAGUCACGAGAAUAACAAGAUUUUAACGAGCAUUCUCUAUUCUCUUCAUCCUUUCUUCGUACUACAGUGUGGGUAUACAUUUUGUCACUAUGAAAUAAAGUAUUUGAAAUAUUA